AUGUCGAGUGAAACGGCUGAAACUUACUUUCGGUUUGAUUAUAUUAACAAAGCAUGGCGAAAAUCAGCCAAGGACGAUGCGAUGAUAAAAAACAUGUCCAGUUUUUUUAACCCAAUUAAUUUUUUUAAUAGACGCGCAAAAACUGAGUUUUUCCUUGGCACUAGUCAAGUGGAUGCUAAACGAUAUUUGUUAGUUUCUGAGCAAGGUGUUAGAGAUAUCCGAACUGAUUUGGAGGCGCAUCUAUCAACACCACUCACUUUCUUUCCAGUCGCACAAAAUACUGUAUACACCAACAUGGAAUCAUUCUACAUUGAAAAUGCAAUCGAUUAUAAUAAAAUCGAGAAAGAGAUAAAAAGCUUCAACAAAGCAGCAGACGCCAGCGCAAAACUCUGGAAUUUCCUUCAAGCAUUAGCAACCGCGCGACAAAUGUAUCGAGAGAAAAAAUAUUUUUUCUUGGCGGUUGACGUGGAAAGUUACGAACGCGAUCAUUCAUGCAUUCUCGAGGUGGGAUGGAGUAUACACGAUGCACGAAAAGACUUAUUUAUGGAUCGUCAUUUUUGCGUGGAAAAAUAUCGUCACCUAAAGAAUGGACGAUAUGUCUCGGACGCGAAGGAUCGUUUCAUGUUUGGAAAAACUGUUUGGGCGAGUUUGGAAAAGAUUUCAGAAGAGUUUCUGAGGGAUAUUACGUUGGAUGGUGAAAAUGAUGAUAAGAUUGUGGUGCUUGUUGGACAUGAUAUCAAUAUGGAUGUGAAGUACUUGGAAGCUAUGGGUAAACAUAUGAAAGAUGCGAUUGCAACGCUAACUCGAUUUGAUACUGCUGAAAUGAAUGCUGCAAGAGUAGGAAAGCCGAAUGAUAGAGUUAGCCUGGGUCGAUUAUUAGAUGAAUUUAAGAUUGAGAAUUAUUGUUUGCAUAAUGCUGGAAACGAUGCGCACUUCACUUUAUUGUUAUUCUUGGAGUUAUGCAAACUUCCAAAUCCGAUCACUGCUACAAAAGUAGUAGCAACUUCGUCAAUUGGUAGUGUUCGUGGAAAAUCUUCAGCACGCGAAGCAAUCGGUCGCAAAACUUCUUUGUUCGUGACCAGUAAAGCAGGUUGUCAUUUCGACGUGUAUUUGGAUGUAGAUAUUGAUGAAUGGAUGAUUGUGGAUAGUUAUGUGAAGUAG